CCCAAAAAAGGCUUCUUUCACCUGGUUCUUUGUUCAAGUAUCUUCUACGCAGAGCAGAUUUAGUAACAAUGGCGGACAAGGUAGUUCUCUUGGAUUUCUGGCCCAGCUUUUUUGGGAUGAGGGCAAGAAUCGCCUUAGCUGAGAAGGGUAUCGAGUAUCAAUACAAAGAGGAGAACGUCCUACAAGACAAGAGCCCUCUUCUGCUGCAGAUGAACCCAGUUAAAAAGACAAUCCCUGUAUUGAUCCAUAAUGGGAAACCCAUCUCCGAAUCCCUUAUAAUUGUUCAAUACAUUGACGAGACUUGGAAGGACAAAUCUCCUCUGUUGCCUUCUGGUCCUUACCAACAAGCCCAGGCCAGGUUCUGGGCUGAUUACGUUGACAAGAAGGUUUUCACCUCUAUAAGGGAAACAUGGAGUACAAAGGGAGAAAAACAAGAGGCAGCUAAGAAGGAAUUCAUAGAGGUCUUGAAAUUCUUAGAAGGAGAGCUUGGAGACAAGCUUUACUUUGGUGGUGAGAGUUUUGGAUACUUGGAUGUGAGGCUUGUGCCUUUCUACAGCUGGUUUUACACCUUGGAGAAAUGUGGAAACUUCAGCAUUGAAGCAGAGUGCCCAAAGCUGAUUGUUUGGGCCAAGAAGUGCAUGCAGAGGGAUAGUGUGGCCAAGUCCCUUCCUGACUUAGACAAGGUCUACAACUUCGUUCUGCAACUCAGGAAGAAGAUUGGUCUAGAGUAGAAAAGAAAAAAAGAGUUCUUGUUGGAUUUCAAGCCAUGUAGAAG